GCCCUGCCCGGACCCGCCCCUGCCCACCCCGGGAGGGCCCGGGGGGGUCUCCGCGACCACCCCCGUCCUUGCCCUUCGCCCCCCACGGCUAUGGCAGCGCCCCGGGGCUGAGCGCACAGAUUGAGGAGUUGGAACGGAGAAUCUUGAGCACUGCGAUUGAAGAAAGAAGAAGAGGAGGAGAAGGAGGGGCGGGUUCCUGGCAAGGGUCUAGCCCCAAUCAGAUUUUUGUCAAAGAUGGAGAAGGAGAAGGAGAAAGAGGAGGAGAUGACACGGGAGCUGCUACUCCCCAACUGGCAGGGCAGCGGCUCCCACGGCCUCACCAUCGCCCAGACGGACGAUGGUGUCUUCGUGCGGCAGGUUGUGCAGAAUUCCCCUGCGGCCCGCACCGGCGUGGUCAAGGAGGGGGACCAGAUCGUCGGCGCCACCAUCUACUUCGACAACCUACAGUCGGGUGAAGUGACCCAGCUGCUGAACACCAUGGGCCACCACACGGUGGGCCUGAAGCUGCAUCGCAAGGGCGACCGGUCCCCUGAGCCCGGCCAGACCUGGACUCAUGACCCGUUUGGCCCCCGGAGCCCCGAGGUGGUCCUGAGCGGGGACGAUGAGGAGUACCAGAGGAUCUACGCGACUAAGAUUAAGCCACGACUAAGGUCGGAGGACGCGGCGGAAACAGACCUGGGCGAGAUGCAGAGUCGUACCAUCACGGUGACCCGGAAGGUCACUGCCUACACCGUGGAUGUGACCGGGCGGGAGGGAGCCAAGGACAUCGACAUCAGGAGCCCCGAGUUCAAGAUUAAGAUCCCAAGGCACGAGCUGACCGAGAUCUCCAAGGUGGAUGUGGAGACGGUACAGGGGAAGACAGUGAUCAAGCUGCCCCAGGGCUCUGGGGCAGCCACUCAGAUCACAGAUUACAAUGUCGACCUGAGGUCUGGGGGCAUUUCUGCUUCUGGUCCAGAGUGUCAAGGAGUUGGGACAACUGGUUUUGGCCUCUCGAAGCCUCAGGUCACUAUCCCAGGGGUGCAGGGGGGAAAUAUGGGUGUUAAGAUAGGUGAAAAGGGCCUCAAGGUGGAAGGGCCGUCGGUCCACCCCAAAGUCCCAGCUUCCCUGGAUUUAGGAGGCAAAGGGGGUGUCAUUUCCGGGGCAGGAAUCCAAGCUCCCGGAAUGGAUGGCUCAUUUUCUUCGGCCGGAAGUGGGACUCUCCCGGCGCCACCCACGGAGACUGGCGGUAAAGGGACAUUUAAAAUCCCCACCAUGAAGAUGCCAAAGUUUGGCUUCUCGGCAGGGUCUGAGGGCCAGACACCAGAAGCGGGAUUUAGUGUUUCUGCCCCGGGCUUCUCUGCUGGGUACAAGGGUGAGGGACCUGGCUUGGCCGGGGCCGGGACCGUCCGGGCCCCUCAGCUGGAAGUUACAGUUCCGUCCAUCAGCCUCGAGGGGUCUGAAGGGAAGCUGAAGGGUGCCAAAAUCACGGGGCCGGCCCUCCAGGGCGAUCUGAAGGUCUCCGCUCCGAGCGUGGAAGGCAGCGUCAAGGGCCCGAGCGUGGACCUGGGGACUUCAGAAGGUUGUGGGAUCGGGCCUGGGGGAAAACUAAAUCUGCCCCAGAUGAAAGUCCCCACGUUUUCGGUUUCGGGCUCCAAAGGAGAGGGACCUGGCGUAGAUAUCACACUCCCCUCGGGUGAAGUGAAUCUCCCAGGGGUCACUGCGGGAGUGAGUGUCGAGGGGCCAGAAGGGAAACUGAAAGGCCCCAAGGUCAAGACCCCGGAUCUGAUCAUCCCCAAACCCAAGAUCUCCAUGCAGGAUGUGGACUUGAGCCUCAGGUCCCCAAAGCUGAAAGGUGACAUAAAAGUGGCCAUCCCGGGGGUUCAGGGGGAUGUGAAAGGACCUCAGGUGGCUAUCAAAGGCCCUAAGGUAGACAUCGAAACGCCUGGUGUCGGAUGUCUGGAAGGCACAGUGAAGGGCCCCAAUUUCAGCGGCUCUCCUUCAAAAACCUGCAAAAUCUCCAUGACCGAUGUGGACUUGAAUCUGACAGCACCCAGACCGAAAGGAGACGUGGACGUUAAUCUCCCCAACAUAGAAGGGAAGCUCACGGGCCCGGAAGUUGACAUCAGAGGUCCCAGCGUGGACAUCGGGGCCCCAGACGUCGAUGUUCAGAAACCGGACUGGAACCUGAAAAUGCCCAAGAUGAAAAUGCCCAAGUUUGGGGUGCCGGGGUUCAGAGGGACAGCACCGGAUGUGGAUGUGACUCUGCCCCAUGGGGUCAUCACCGUUUCAGGGCCUCAGGUUAGCGUCGAGGCCCCAGAUGUCAGCGUUGAGAGCGCAGAAGGAAAACUUAAAGGGCCCAAAUUUAAGAUCCCCGAGGUGGAUUUGCACAUGAAAGGCCCAAAGGUGAAAGGCGAAUACGACGUAACGGUUCCCAAGCUAGAAGGAGACCUGAAAAUCCCAGAUAUCGACUUGAAAGGUCCCAACGUGGACAUCGGCGCUCCAGACGUGGAGGUCCACGGGCCGGACUGGAACCUGAAAAUGCCCAAGAUGAAGAUGCCCAAGUUCCACAUGCCGGGCUUCAAAGGAGAGGGACCGGAUGUAGAUGUGAACCUGCCCAAGGGAGACAUUGACAUUUCAGGGCCCAAGGUGGACGUUGGAGCUCCGGACCUUAGCGUCGAAAGUCCCGAAGGGAAGUUGAAAGGUCCCAAGUUCAAGAUGCCUGAGAUGAAUAUCAAGGCCCCAAAGAUCUCGAUGCCAGAUGUGGAUUUGCAUUUGAAAGGACCCAAGGUCAAAGGAGAAUAUGAGGUCAGUGCCCCAAAGGUAGAAGGAGAAAUAAAAGUUCCUGAUGUGGACAUCAAGGCACCUAAACUGGACAUCAGUGCUCCCGAUGUGGACAUUCAUGGGCCAGACUGGAACUUGAAGAUGCCCAAGAUGAAAAUGCCCAGGUUCCACAUGCCGGGCUUCAAAGGGGAGGGACCGGAUGUGGAUGCGAGUCUGCCCAAGGGAGAGAUUGACAUUUCAGGCCCGAAGGUGGACAUCGAGGCACCCGAUAUAGAUAUCGAAGGCCCGGAAGGAAAUUUGAAAGGUCCCAAGUUCAAGAUGCCCGAAAUGAAUGUCAAGGCCCCAAAGAUUUCCAUGCCAGAUGUAGAUUUGCAUCUGAAAAGCCCUAAAGUGAGGGGAGAAUAUGACGUGACUGUUCCAAAGCUGGAAGGGGAUUUGAAAGGUCCCCAGGUGGACAUCAGCGCCCCAGACGUGGACGUCCAUGGGCCGGAUUGGAACCUGAAGAUGCCCAAGAUGAAAAUGCCCAAGUUUCACAUGCCGGGCUUCAAAGGAGAGGGACCGGAUGUGGAUGUGACUCUGCCCAAAGGAGACAUUGAGGUUUCUGGUCCGAAGGUAGACAUUGAUGCUCCGGAUGUGACUAUUGAAGGUCCAGAAGGGAAACUUAAAGGACCCAGGUUUAAGAUGCCCGAGAUGCACUUCAAGACUCCCAAGAUCUCAAUGCCCGACAUUGACCUGAAUCUCAAAGGGCCCAAAGUGAAGGGGGAUGUGGAUGUUUCAGUACCCAAAAUAGAAGGUGAGGUGAAAGUUCCCGACGUGGACAUCAAGGGCCCCAAACUGGACGUCAGCGCCCCAGACGUGGACGUCCACGGGCCGGACUGGAACCUGAAGAUGCCCAAGAUGAAAAUGCCCAAGUUCCACAUGCCGGGCUUCAAAGGAGAGGGACCGGAUGUGGAUGUGAAUCUGCCCAAGGCGGAUAUCGAUGUGUCAGGCCCCAAAGUGGACAUUGAUGCUCCGGAUGUGACUAUUGAAGGUCCUGAGGGGAAACUUAAAGGACCCAAGUUUAAGAUGCCCGAGAUGCACUUCAAGGCUCCCAAGAUCUCAAUGCCCGACGUUGACCUGAAUCUCAAGGGGCCCAAAGUGAAGGGGGAUGUGGAUGUUUCAGUGCCCAAAAUAGAAGGUGAGGUGAAAGUUCCCGACGUGGACAUCAAGGGCCCCAAGCUGGACGUCAGCGCCCCAGACGUGGACGUCCACGGGCCGGACUGGAACCUGAAGAUGCCCAAGAUGAAAAUGCCCAAGUUCCACAUGCCGGGCUUCAAAGGAGAGGGACCGGAUGUGGAUGUGACUCUACCCAAGGCAGAUAUUGACAUUUCCGGACCCAAGCUGGACAUUGAUGCUCCGGAUGUGACUAUUGAAGGUCCUGAGGGGAAACUUAAAGGACCCAAGUUUAAGAUGCCCGAGAUGCACUUCAAGGCUCCCAAGAUCUCAAUGCCCGACGUUGACCUGAAUCUCAAGGGGCCCAAAGUGAAGGGGGAUGUGGAUGUUUCAGUGCCCAAAAUAGAAGGUGAGGUGAAAGUUCCCGACGUGGACAUCAAGGGCCCCAAGCUGGACGUCAGCGCCCCAGACGUGGACGUCCACGGGCCGGACUGGAACCUGAAGAUGCCCAAGAUGAAAAUGCCCAAGUUCCACAUGCCGGGCUUCAGAGGAGAGGGACCGGAGGUGGAUGUGACUCUGCCCAAGGGAGACAUUGACGUUUCUGGUCCGAAGGUGGACAUUGAUGCUCCCGAUGUGACUAUUGAAGGUCCAGAAGGGAAACUUAAAGGACCCAAGUUUAAGAUGCCCGAGAUGCACUUCAAGGCUCCCAAGAUCUCAAUGCCCGACGUUGACCUGAAUCUCAAGGGGCCCAAAGUGAAGGGGGAUGUAGAUGUUUCAGUGCCCAAAAUAGAAGGUGAGGUGAAAGUUCCCGACGUGGACAUCAAGGGCCCCAAGCUGGACAUCAGCGCCCCAGAUGUGGACGUCCACGGGCCGGACUGGAACCUGAAGAUGCCCAAGAUGAAAAUGCCCAAGUUCCACAUGCCGGGCUUCAAAGGAGAGGGACCGGAUGUGGAUGUGAAUCUGCCCAAGGGAGACAUUGAGGUUUCUGGACCCAAGGUGGACAUUAGUGCGCCAGAUGUUCAUAUCGAUGCCCCAGAUGCUAAAUUCAAAGGACCCAAAUUCAAGAUGCCUGAAAUGAACAUAAAAGCUCAGAAGAUCUCUAUGCCAGAUGUUGGCUUAAAUCUGAAGGGCCCGAAGGUCAAGGGAGAGUAUGAGGUUGAAGUUCCAAAAGUAGAGGGUGAGAUGAAAGUUCCCGACGUGGACAUCAAAGGCCCCAAGCUGGACAUCAGCGCCCCAGACGUGGACGUCCAUGGGCCGGACUGGAACCUGAAGAUGCCCAAGAUGAAAAUGCCCAAGUUCCACAUGCCGGGCUUCAAAGGGGAGGGACCAGAUGUGGAUGUGAAUCUUCCCAAGGGGGACAUUGACAUUUCCGGUCCCAAAGUGGACGUGGCUGUGCCGGAUCUUAAUUUGGAAUGCCCAGAUGCCAAACUCAAGAGUCCCAAGUUUAAAAUGCCCAGUGUGCAUAUGCCUAGUAUGCAUUUACAGACCCACAAGAUCACGAUGCCUGAUGUCGGGCUUAAUUUGAAAUCACCAAAACUGAAAGGGGAUGUAGACGUUUCUCUUCCCAAAGUAGAAGGUGAAGUGACGGGGCCUCAAGUUGAUCUGAAAGCUCCCAAAGUGGAUGUAGAUGUCGGCGACAUCGAGCUCGAGUGUCCGGAGGGAAAACUGAAGGGCCCCAAGUUUAAGAUGCCGGACAUGCAUUUCAAAGCCCCCAAGAUCUCCAUGCCCGAUGUAGACUGGCAUUUGAAAGGCCCGAAAGUGAAGGGGGACGUGGAUGUUUCUGUGCCCAAAGUAGAAGGGGAGGUGAAAGUUCCCGAUGUGGACAUCAAGGGCCCCAAGGUGGACAUUGGUGCCCCGGACGUGGACGUCCACGGGCCGGACUGGAACCUGAAGAUGCCCAAGAUGAAAAUGCCCAAGUUCAACAUGCCGGGGUUCAAGGGGGAGGGACCGGACGUAGAUGUGAAUCUGCCCAAGGCGGAUAUUGACAUCUCGGCACCCAAGUUAGAUAUCGACACUCCCGAUUUGGACAUUGAGGGACCUGAAGGAAAACUGAAAGGUUCUAAGUUUAAGAUGCCUAAACUGAAUAUUAAAGCCCCCAAGAUAUCCAUGCCCGACGUCGACCUGAAUUUAAAAGCCCCCAAACUGAAAGGGGAGAUGGACUUGUCAGGCCCUGAACUGGAAGGGGAAUUGAAAGGACCCCAGGUUAAUAUCCAAGGCCCCCAGAUGGACGUGGAUGUGCCCGAUGUUGAUUUGGAAUGCCCAGAGGCUAAAUUGAAGGGCCCCAAAUUUAAGAUGCCAGAUAUGCACUUCAAAGCCCCGAAGAUCUCCAUGCCCGAUGUGGACUGGCAUUUGAAAGGGCCGAAAGUAAAGGGGGACGUGGAUGUUUCUGGGCCAAAGCUGGAAGGGGAUUUGCAAGGGCCAAAAGUUGAAAUCAAGGGCCCCAAAGUGGACGUGGAGGGGCCCGAUGUUGAUUUGGAAUGCCCAGAUGCUAAAUUGAAGGGCCCCAAAUUUAAGAUGCCGGAAAUGCAUUUCAAAGCCCCAAAGAUCUCCAUGCCCGAUGUGGACUGGCAUUUGAAAGGCCCGAAAGUGAAGGGGGAUGUGGAUGUUUCUGUGCCCAAGGUAGAAGGGGAGGUGAAGGUUCCCGAUGUGGACAUCAAAGGCCCCGAGCUGGACAUCGGCGCCCCUGAUGUGGACCUUCACGGUCCAGACUGGAACCUGAAGAUGCCCAAGAUGAAAAUGCCCAAGUUCCACAUGCCGGGCUUCAAAGGGGAAGGACCGGACGUGGAUGUGAAUCUGCCCAAGGCGGAUAUUGACAUUUCAGGUCCCAAGGUGGACAUCGAAGGUCCGGACGUGAGCAUCGAAGGUCCAGAGGGAAAGCUGAAAGGUCCCAAGUUUAAGAUGCCCGAGAUGCACAUCAAGGCCCCCAAAAUCUCUAUGCCAGAUGUUGACUUCCACUUAAAGGGGCCUAAAGUCAAAGGUGAUGCGGACAUUUCAGUACCCAAACUGGAAGCAGAUGUGAAGGGGCCUGAAUUUGAUGUUAAAGGCCCCAAAUUGGAUGUGGAUGCUCCAGAUAUAAACGUUGAAGGUCCAGAAGGAAAAUGGAAAGGACCCAAGUUUAAGAUGCCCGACAUGCAUUUCAAAGCCCCCAAAAUUUCCAUGCCUGAUGUAGACUUGCAUUUGAAAGGCCCCAAAAUGAAGGGAGACGUUGAUGUAGCUGUUCCCCAGGUAGAGGGGGAGUUGAAAGGACCACAGGUAGAGCUGGCAGGACCCGAAAUAGACAUCGAAGGCCCUGAAGGGAAAUUGAAAGGCCCUAAAUUUAAGAUGCCAGAGAUGCACUUCAAAGCUCCCAAGAUCUCCAUGCCAGAUGUGGACUUACAUUUGAAAGGCCCCAAAGUGAAGGGGGAUGUGGAUGUUUCAGUACCCAAAAUAGAAGGUGAGGUGAAAGUUCCUGACGUGGACCUCAAGGGCCCCAAGGUGGACGUCAGCGCCCCAGACGUGGACGUCCACGGACCAGACUGGAACCUGAAGAUGCCCAAGAUGAAAAUGCCCAAGUUCCACAUGCCGGGCUUCAAAGGAGAGGGACCGGAUGUGGAUGUGAAUCUGCCCAAGGCAGAUAUUGACGUUUCCGGACCCAACGUGGACAUUGAUGCUCCAGAUGUGAAUAUCGAAGGUCCGGAAGGGAAAUGGAAAAGUCCCAAGUUUAAGAUGCCCGAGAUGCACAUCAAAGCUCCCAAGAUUUCUAUGCCAGAUGUGGAUUUACACUUGAAAGGUCCUAAAGUGAAGGGCGACGUGGAUGUCUCUCUUCCAAAAGUGGAAGGGGAUUUGAAAGGCCCCAAUAUUGACAUCAAAGGCCCCCAGAUGGACGUCAGUGCACCUGAUGUAGAUGUUCAUGGCCCAGACUGGAACCUGAAGAUGCCCAAGAUGAAAAUGCCCAAGUUCCACAUGCCGGGGUUCAGAGGGGAGGGACCGGAUGUGGAUGUGAAUCUGCCCAAGGCGGAUAUUGACAUCUCGGGGCCCAAGGUAGACAUCGAUGCUCCGGAUGUGAAUAUCGAAGGCCCAGACGGGAAAUGGAAAGGCCCCAAGUUCAAGAUGCCCGAGAUGCACAUCAAAGCCCCAAAGAUUUCCAUGCCCGAUGUAGAUUUACACUUGAAGGGGCCUAAAGUGAAGGGGGAUGUGGAUGUUUCUCUUCCGAAGCUGGAAGGUGAUUUGAAGGGUCCAGAGUUGGAUAUUAAGGGUCCCAAACUGGAUAUUGAUGCCCCAGAUGUUGACAUUCAUGGGCCAGAAGGGAAGUUAAAGAUGCCCAAGUUUAAAAUGCCAAAAUUCAGCAUGCCGGGGUUUAAAGGAGAAGGGCCAGAUGUGGAUGUGAGUCUUCCUGAAGGAGACAUAGAUGUUUCAGGACCCAAGGUGGACAUCGAGGCUCCAGACAUUAGUAUUGAAGGUCCAGAAGGAAAGCUUAAAGGCCCCAAGUUUAAGAUGCCCGACAUGCACUUUAAGACUCCAAAGAUUUCCAUGCCUGACGUAGACCUCAAUCUGAAGGGACCUAACUUGAAGGGAGAUGUGGACGUAUCUCUUCCAAAAUUGGAAGGCGAUUUGCAGGGUCCAGAAUUGGACAUCAAAGGUCCCAAACUCGAUAUUGAAGCCCCAGAUGUUGACAUUCACGGGCCAGAGGGAAAAUUAAAGAUGCCGAAAUUCAAAAUGCCCAAAUUCAGCAUGCCAGGAUUCAAAGGAGAAGGGCCGGAUUUGGAUGUCAAUCUUCCAAAAGCAGACAUCGAUAUUUCCGGUCCCAAGGUGGACCUCGAUGCUCCAGAUAUCAACAUCGAAGGUCCAGAAGGGAAGCUAAAAGGUCCCAAGUUUAAGAUGCCAGAAAUGCACAUUAAGACUCCAAAGAUAUCCAUGCCUGAUAUGGACCUCAAUCUGAAGGGACCCAAACUGAAGGGAGAUGUGGAGAUUUCUGGACCGAAGUUGGAAGGUGAUCUGAAAGGUCCCGAGUUGGAUAUCAAAGGCCCCAAACUGGACGUCAGUGCUCCAGAUGUGGACGUCCAUGGACCAGACUGGAACCUAAAAAUGCCCAAGAUGAAAAUGCCCAAAUUCAGCAUGCCAGGAUUCAGAGCGGAAGGUCCGGAUGUUAAUGUCAACCUGCCCAAAGCAGACAUCGACAUUUCCGGUCCUAGCGUAGACAUCGAUGCUCCAGACGUGAAUAUUGAAGGUCCUGAUGGAAAAUGGAAAAGUCCCAAGUUUAAGAUGCCUGAGAUGCAUUUCAAGACUCCCAAGAUCUCUAUGCCAGAUAUUGACCUUAAUCUCAAGGGACCCAAAUUAAAAGGGGAUGUCGAUGUUUCUGUUCCCACACUGGAAGGAGAUCUUAAAGGUCCUGAGAUUGAAAUCAAAGGCCCUAAAGUCGAUAUUGAUGCCCCAGAUGUGGAUGUUCAUGGCCCAGACUGGAACCUGAAGAUGCCCAAGAUGAAAAUGCCCAAGUUCAGCAUGCCGGGGUUCAGAGGGGAGGGGCCGGACGUGGACGUGAAUCUGCCCCAAGCUGAUAUUGACAUCUCAGGGCCCAAAGUGGACAUCGAAGCUCCAGACAUAAACAUCGAAGGUCCGGAGGGAAAAUUGAAAGGCCCCAAAUUUAAAAUGCCCGAGAUGAACAUCAAAGCCCCCAAGAUCUCUAUGCCGGACUUUGACCUAAAUCUCAAAGGUCCCAAAGUGAAGGGGGAUUUGGACGUUUCUGUGCCCAAGAUGGAAGGAGAGAUAAAAGUUCCCGACGUGGACAUCAAGGGCCCCAAGCUGGACAUCAGCGCCCCGGACGUGGAUGUCCACGGGCCGGACUGGAACCUGAAGAUGCCCAAGAUGAAAAUGCCCAAGUUCCACAUGCCGGGGUUCAAAGGGGAGGGACCGGACAUAGAUGUGAAUCUGCCCAAGGGAGACAUUGACAUUUCUGGACCCAAGGUAGAUAUCAGUGCUCCAGAUGUGAAUAUCGAAGGUCCUGAAGGGAAUUUGAAAGGCCCUAAAUUUAAAAUGCCAGAAAUGAACAUCAAAGCUCCCAAGAUCUCCAUGCCUGACUUCGACCUGAAUCUGAAAGGCCCUAAAGUGAAAGGGGAUGUGGAUGUUUCUUUACCGACACUUGAAGGUGAGGUGAAAGUUCCUGAUGUGGAUAUCAAAGGCCCCAAGCUGGACAUCAGUGCUCCAGACGUGGACAUCCAUGGGCCGGAUUGGAAUCUGAAAAUGCCCAAGAUGAAAAUGCCCAAGUUCAGCGUGCCGGGCUUCAAAGGGGAAGGACCUGAUGUGAAUGUGGAUGUGGAUCUGCCCAAGGGAGACAUUGACAUUUCAGGCCCCAAGGUGGACAUCGAAGCUCCGGACGUCAGCAUCGAAGGACCCGAAGGGAAGUUGAAAGGUCCCAAGUUCAAGAUGCCCGAGAUGAAUAUCAAGGGCCCGAAGAUCUCCAUGCCAGACUUCGAUCUCAAUCUCAAGGGUCCCAAAGUUAAGGGCGAUAUUGAUGUUCCCCAGUUAGAAGGUGAUUUGAAAGGGCCAUCCAUUGAUGUCAAAGUUCCCACCCUAGAUAUCGAUGCCCCGGAUAUUGACAUCCAUGGUCCUGAGGGCAAAUUAAAAGGUCCCAAACUCAAGAUGCCUGACAUGCACGUAAAUAUGCCCAAGAUCUCCAUGCCAGAGAUUGACCUGAACUUGAAAGGCUCAAAACUGAAGGGAGAUGUGGAUGUCUCCAUCCCCAAAGUGGAAGGUGAUUUUAAAGGCCCUAAAUUAGACGUAAAAGGUCCAGAAAUCGACAUAACAUCCCCCAAACUCAGCGUUGAGGGAAAACCGAAGAAGUCCCGUUUCAAGCUCCCCAAAUUUCAUUUUUCUGGGCCCAAAGUUCAAACGCCCGAAGUCGAUGCCAAAGUUAAGAAGCCAGAUGUUGACCUAGGAGAUGCCAAAGUUGAUAUUAAUGCUCCUGAUGUGGAAGUCCAUGGGAAAGUGAAGGGAUCAAAAUUCAAAAUGCCUUUUCUGAGCAUUUCUUCACCCAAAGUUUCUAUGCCAGAUGUAGAGUUAAAUUUGAAAAGUCCCAAAAUCAAAGGAGAGGUGGAUAUUGCUGCCCCAAGCCUGGAAGGUGAUUUGAAAGGUCCAAAGGUGGAUAUUAAAGCCCCAGAUAUGCACCUUGAAGCCCCAGAUGUGGACGUCCAUGGACCGGACUGGAACGUGAAAAUGCCCAAGAUGAAAAUGCCUAAGUUUAGCGUGCCAGGGUUCAAAGGAGAGGGACCGGACGUGGAUGUGAAUCUGCCCAAGGGAGACAUUGACAUUUCAGGCCCCAAAGUGGACAUCGAAGCUCCGGACGUCAGCAUCGAAGGUCCCGAAGGGAAGUUGAAAGGUCCCAAGUUUAAGAUGCCCGAGAUGAAUAUCAAGGCCCCCAAAAUCUCCAUGCCUGACUUCGACUUGAAUCUGAAAGGUCCCAAAGUCAAGGGGGAUGUGGACGUUUCCCUUCCCAAGGUGGAAGGAGACCUGAAGGGCCCCGAAAUUGACAUCAAGGGGCCCAAACUGGAUAUCGAAGCCCCGGACGUGGAAAUCGAAGGUCCGGAUGGGAAACUGAAAGGCCCGAAGUUCAAGAUGCCGGAUAUGCACUUCAAAGCUCCGAAAAUCUCCAUGCCUGACAUUGACCUGAAUCUGAAGGGUCCGAAGCUGAAGGGAGAUGUGGAUCUCUCUGGGCCCAAGUUGGAAGGGGAUCUGAAGGGCCCUGAUUUUGAUCUCAAAGGGCCCAAGGUGGACAUCGGCGCCCCAGAUGUGGACGUUCACGGCCCAGACUGGAACCUGAAGAUGCCCAAGGUGAAAAUGCCCAAGUUCAGCAUGCCGGGGUUCAAAGGGGAGGGGCCGGACGUGGACGUGAAUCUGCCCCAAGCCGAUAUUGACAUCUCAGGGCCCAAAGUGGACAUCGAAGCUCCAGACAUAAACGUUGAAGGUCCGGAGGGAAAAUUGAAAGGCCCCAAAUUUAAAAUGCCCGAGAUGAACAUCAAAGCCCCCAAGAUCUCUAUGCCGGACUUUGACCUAAAUCUUAAAGGUCCCAAAGUGAAGGGGGAUUUGGACGUUUCUGUGCCCAAGGUGGAAGGAGAGAUUAAAGUUCCCGACGUGGACAUCAAGGGCCCCAAGCUGGACAUCAGCGCCCCAGACGUGGACGUCCACGGGCCGGACUGGAACCUGAAGAUGCCCAAGAUGAAAAUGCCCAAGUUCCACAUGCCGGGGUUCAAAGGGGAGGGACCGGACGUGGAUGUGAAUCUGCCCAAGGGAGACAUUGACAUUUCUGGACCCAAGGUAGAUAUCAGUGCUCCAGAUGUGAAUAUCGAAGGUCCUGAAGGGAAAUUGAAAGGCCCCAAGGUGGACAUCAGUGCCCCAGAUGUAGACGUACACGGGCCGGACUGGAACCUGAAGAUGCCCAAGAUGAAAAUGCCCAAGUUCCACAUGCCGGGCUUCAAAGGGGAGGGACCGGAUGUGGAUGUGACUCUGCCCAAGGGAGACAUUGACAUUUCUGGUCCGAAGGUGGACAUUGAUGCUCCCGAUGUGACUAUUGAAGGUCCAGAAGGGAAACUUAAAGGACCCAAGUUUAAGAUGCCCGAGAUGCACUUCAAGACUCCCAAGAUCUCAAUGCCCGAUGUUGACCUGAAUCUCAAGGGGCCCAAAGUGAAGGGGGAUGUGGAUGUUUCAGUGCCCAAAAUAGAAGGUGAGGUGAAAGUUCCCGACGUGGACAUCAAGGGCCCCAAGCUGGACGUCAGCGCCCCAGAUGUGGACGUCCACGGGCCGGACUGGAACCUGAAGAUGCCCAAGAUGAAAAUGCCCAAGUUCCACAUGCCGGGCUUCAAAGGAGAGGGACCGGAUGUGGAUGUGAAUCUUCCCAAGGUGGAUAUCGAUGUGUCAGGCCCCAAAGUGGACAUCGAAGCUCCAGACCUUAAUAUUGAAGGCCCCGAAGGGAAGUUGAAAGGUCCCAAAUUUAAAAUGCCUGAGGUCAAUAUCAAGGCCCCAAAGAUCUCCAUGCCAGAUUUUGACCUUAACCUCAAGGGCCCCAAAAUUAAAGGAGAUGUCGAUGUGUCUGUCCCCCAGAUAGAAGGGGAUAUUAAGGGCCCUAAACUUGACAUCGACGCACCUGAUCUUGAUAUUCACGGACCAGAAGGGGCGUUAAAGGGCCCCAAAUUUAAAAUGCCUGACCUGCAUCUUAAAGCUCCCAAAAUCUCCAUGCCUGACGUUGACCUGAAUCUGAAGGGCCCGAAGCUAAAGGGAGAUGUGGAUCUCUCUGGACCCAAGUUGGAAGGGGAUCUGAAAGGCCCGGAUUUCGAUCUCAAAGGCCCCAAGGUAGACAUCGGGGCCCCAGACGUGGACGUUCACGGCCCAGACUGGAACCUGAAGAUGCCCAAGGUGAAGAUGCCCAAGUUCCACAUGCCGGGGUUCAAGGGGGAGGGACCGGAUGUGGAUGUAAAUCUGCCCAAAGCGGACAUUGACGUUUCUGGUCCGAAAGUAGAUAUUGAGGCUCCAGAUGUGCAUAUCGAAGGUCCCGAGGGAAAAGUGAAAGGCCCCAAAUUCAAGAUGCCCGAGAUGCACUUCCAUGCCCCCAAAAUCUCCAUGCCAGACUUUGACUUGAACUUGAAAGGCCCCAGGGGGAAGGGAGAUAUCGACGUUGCCCUCCCCAAAGUGGAAGGAGAUCUGAAGGGUCCCGAAGUGGAUAUCAAAGGCCCUAAACUGGAUAUCGACACUCCCAAUAUUGAUAUUGAAGGCCCGGAAGGGAAAGUAAAGGGCCCCAAGUUUAAGAUGCCCGAGAUGCACUUCCACGCCCCCAAGAUCUCCAUGCCAGAUUUUGACUUGAACCUGAAAGGUCCCAAAGUGAAAGGAGACAUCAACGCUUCCCUCCCAAAGGUGGAAGGAGAUCUGAAGGGCCCCGAAAUUGAUAUUAAAGGCCCCAAACUGGAGGUGGGUGCCCCUGACGUUGAUAUCGAAGGUCCGGAGGGGAAAUUGAAGGGCCCUAAGUUCAAAAUGCCAGAUAUGCACUUCAAAACUCCUAAAAUCUCCAUGCCAGACUUCGACCUAAACCUGAAAGGCCCUAAGAUAAAGGGGGAUGUAGAUGUUUCUGCUCCCAAGCUGGAAGGAGAGCUGAAAGGGCCACACAUGGAUAUCCAAGCUCCAGAGAUCGACAUCGAAGGCCCUGAAGGAAAAUUGAAAGGUCCGAAAUUUAAGAUGCCCGAUAUGCAUUUCAAAACCCCCAAGAUCUCCAUGAGUGAUAUUGACCUCAAUCUAAAAAGCCCUAAGGUUAAGGGAGACGUGGACGUUUCUGUGCCCAAGUUGGAAGGAGAUCUGAAAGGCCCCCAGGUUGACAUCAAAGGACCCAAGCUCGACAUCGACGCACCUGAGUUUGAUAUUGAUGGCCCGGAAGGGAAACUGAAGGGUCCUAAGUUUAAAAUGCCCGAUCUGCAUCUGAAAACCCCAAAGCUCUCCAUGCCCGAUGUCGAUCUGCAUUUGAAAGGUCCGAAAGUCAAAGGAGAGGUGGAUGUUGCUCUUCCUAAAGUGGAAGGGGAUCUGAAAGGUCCAGAGCUGGACAUCACAGGCCCCAAGAUGGACAUUGGUGCCCCAGAUGUGGACGUCCACGGGCCAGACUGGAGCCUGAAGAUGCCCAAGGUGAAAAUGCCCAAGUUCCACAUGCCAGGGUUCAAAGGAGAGGGACCGGACGUGGAUGUGAAUCUGCCCAAGGGAGACAUUGACAUUUCAGGCCCCAAAGUGGACAUCGAAGCUCCGGAUGUCAGCAUCGAAGGUCCCGAAGGGAAGUUGAAAGGUCCCAAGUUUAAGAUGCCCGAGAUGAAUAUCAAGGCCCCCAAAAUCUCCAUGCCUGACUUCGACUUGAAUCUGAAAGGUCCCAAAGUCAAGGGGGAUGUGGACGUUUCCCUUCCCAAGGUGGAAGGAGACCUGAAGGGCCCCGAAAUUGACAUCAAGGGGCCCAAACUGGAUAUCGAAGCCCCGGACGUGGAAAUCGAAGGUCCGGAUGGGAAACUGAAAGGCCCGAAGUUCAAGAUGCCAGAUAUGCACUUCAAAGCUCCGAAAAUCUCCAUGCCUGACAUUGACCUGAAUCUGAAGGGUCCGAAGCUGAAGGGAGAUGUGGAUCUCUCUGGGCCCAAGUUGGAAGGGGAUCUGAAGGGCCCUGAUUUUGAUCUCAAAGGGCCCAAGGUGGACAUCGGCGCCCCAGAUGUGGACGUUCACGGCCCAGACUGGAACCUGAAGAUGCCCAAGGUGAAAAUGCCCAAGUUCAGCAUGCCGGGGUUCAAAGGGGAGGGGCCAGACGUGGACGUGAAUCUGCCCCAUGCUGAUAUUGACAUCUCAGGGCCCAAAGUGGACAUCGAAGCUCCAGACAUAAACAUCGACGGUCCAGAAGGGAAACUGAAGGGCCCUAAAUUCAAGAUGCCUGAAAUGCAUAUCAAGACGCCAAAGGUUUCCUUGCCGGAUGUUGACCUGAAUUUGAAAGGGCCCUGCAUGAAGGGAGAUUUCGAUGUGUCCGUUCCAAAGGUCGAAGGUCACCUUAAGGGUCCGGAAGUUGAUAUCAAGGGUCCAGGUUUGGACAUUGAAGGACCCGACGUCAACCUGAGCGGUCCCAAGCUGAAAAUGCCAUCACUGGACAUAUCCGGGCCCAAAAUGACUGCCCCUGAUAUUGACUUACAUCUGAAGUCCCCUAAAUUUGGUGUUUCCGGACCCAAGUUGGAAGGUGGGGAAUUGGACCUUAAGGUGCCCAAAGUUCAAGUCGAAACACCGAGUUUGGACGUGCAUCUUGACAGUCCAGAGAUAAACAUCGACGGGCCAGAAGGCAGUGUUAAAGUCCCCAAAUUUAAGAAACCCAUAUUCGGAUUUGGAGUUAAAAGCCCCAAGGCUGACAUCAAGACCCCAUCACUAGAUGUUUCAGUUCCAGAAGGAGAAUUGAAUGUCGAGGCUCCGGAUAUCAAUAUUGGAGUUAAAGGAAAGAAGAGUAAGUUUAAAAUGCCUAAGCUUCACAUGAGCGGCCCUAAAAUCAAAGGGAAAAAACAGGGAUUUGAUGUGAACGUCCCAGGCGGCGAUGUCGAUGCCCACCUGAAGACGCCGGAUUUUGACGUCAACGCGGCCGGCCCCGACGCGGCUCUUAAAGUCGAUGUGAAAUCUCCCAAAACGAGGAAGCCGAUGUUUGGAAAAAUGUACUUCCCAGAUGUAGAAUUUGAUAUUAAAUCUUCCAAGUUCAAAGCCGAGGCCUCGCUUCCCAGCCCCAAGUUGGAGAGCGAAAUCCACGCUCCUGAUCUGGAGGUCUCUUCCCGAGGGAUUAAGGGUGGCGUCAAGUGUCCGGGCCUAGACGCCGCGUCGGUCGGGGUCAGCGGGGGCCUUCCCGGCGUUCACGUGGAAGGGCCGGACGCUAAACUGACGGCGCCCAAGUUCAAGCUGCCCGGAGGGACUGUAGAUAUCGCCGGGCCAAAACUAGAAGGGGAUUUGAGAGUACCCAGCGUGGAAGCAAACUUGCAUGCCCCCGAUGUCAACAUCGAAGCUCCCGAUGCCAGAUUCGGAUCACCUUCGUUUGGCAUUUCGGCUCCCAAAGUCUCCCUUCCAGAUCUGGAUGUUCACGUGAAAGGACCAAAGGUAAAGGGUGAGCUUCCCAAAGUGGAACUGGAAGGGCCGGACGUUGAUUUGAAAGGUCCAGAGGGAAAAAUUCAAUUUCCCAAGUUUUCCAUGCCCAAGAUCGGCGUCCCGGGGCUCAGAGCGGAGGCUGGGGAAGCGGAUUUCCAUGCCCAACUCCCCUCCGUCGAAGGAGGCAUCAGCAUGCCGGAUGUCAAAGUCCAAGGGCCCGAGGUGACCCUGAAAGGCCCCAAAGGGAGCCUGCCUUCAGGGCACCUCUCCAUGCCCCAGGUCUCCGGACCUGAGCUCGAUCUGAAUUUGAAAGGACCAACCCUGAAAGGAAAUCUUGGGGUUUCAGCGGAGGGAGGGGUGAAAGUGCCCGGUGCCGAGGUCGACCUGGGCACUCCAAAGCUCAGCGUCCAGGGGCCCGGGGUGAGUUUGACAGGACCAAACCUGAAGGGAGGCCUGGAUAUUUCGGGUGACAUCAAGGGUCCGACGAUGGGAGUGGAGGCCCCUCACAUGGGCCUGGCGGCUCCGGGGGGCGCCAUCACUCUCCCCCAGAUGAAGCUGCCUCAGUUUGGCAUAUCUGCCCAGGGGCCGGACUUGGACGUGAACAUGCCGGGGCCGCCGCAGGUGACCGGAGAGCUGAAGGGGCCCGGGAUGGAUGUUAACCUCGGGGGUGGAAUUGCUCACCUGGAGGUGAAAGGGCCUCACGUCUCUGCCCCACAAAUCUCCUCCCCGGAUGUGGACUUCAACCUGAAAGGACCAAAGCUAAAGGGAGGCCUCGGGACCACCGUCGAUCUGAAGGGUUCCAAGGUGGGCGUGGAGCUUCCUGGCGUUAGCCUGCAAGGCUCGGGAGGAAGCCUCCAGAUGCCCAGCGGUCAGGUCCCGCGGUGUGAUGCCCAGCUGCCCGACGUGAAUGUGAAACUCCCAUCGGGGAAGCUCUCUGGGCCCGAGAUCAAAGGAGACCUGCGAGGCGUGGGCCUAGAUCUCCGUGGGGCGGCUCCUGGCGUGAGCGUGAAGGGGCCCGAGUUCUCGGGGUCAGAUGUAGGGGUCGGCUGGGCGGGCCCGAAAGUCAAAGGGGGGCUGGACAUUUCUGGAAAUGUCCAAGCUCCGGAGGUCAGUUUAGGGGGAGGACACAUUGGCGUCAAGGGUCCGGGCGGAGAGUGGAAAGGGCCCCAGGGCUCGUGUUCUGCUUUCGACGUGGACUUGCCCAAGGUCGGUGGGGGGAUCCAGGUUUCGGGACCAAAGGGGGAAGGAGGGGUGAAAGGAGCCCAGCUGGGGCUUCGGGGUCCCGGGGUGAGCGUGUCUGGCCCUCAAGGCCAUGUGGAGGGCGGAUCCGGAAAAGUAACAUUCCCCAAGAUGAAGAUCCCCAAAUUCACCUUCUCCGGUCGGGAGCUGGUGGGCAGGGAAGUUGGGGUGGACGUGAACUUCCCUAAAGCAGAAGCCAGCUUCCAGGCCGGGGCCGGGGAAGUGGAGUUGGAAGAGGCAGAAGGGAAGCUCAAAAAGUCGAAAAUCAAAAUGCCCAAGUUCAAUUUUUCCAAACCCAAAGGGAAGGGGAGCGGGACGGGAUCCCCCGAAGUGUCCAUUUCUGGGUCGAAAGGAGAUCUGAAGAGCUCAAAGAUCAGCUUAGGGUCCCUGGACGGGGAGGCAGAGGGAGAAGCGUCGUCACCCAAGGCCAAGUUCUCAUUGUUUAAAAGUAAGAAGCCACGGCAUCGCUCGUCCUCCUUGAGCGACGAGCCAGAGCUCUCGGCACCUUCCACUCCGACGGGAACCUUGGAGUUCGAGGGCGGGGAAGUGUCCCUGGAGGGUGGGAAGGGCAAAGGGAAACCCGGCAAGCUGAAAUUUGGCACCUUCGGUGGGUUGGGGGCGAAGAAUAAAGGUCACUAUGAGGUAACCGGGAGCGAUGACGAGGCGGGAAAACUUCAAGGGAGUGGUGUGUCUCUGGCCUCCAAGAAGUCUCGGCCUUCUUCCACCUCCAGCAAUGACAGUGGGACGAAGGUUGGGAGCCAGUUGCCAGAGGUAGAGCAGACAGCAACCAGAAAGUAAGACUCGACAGUCAGCCUGUGUGUGUACAUGUACAUAUAUAUAUAGAGAGACAUCAGCCUUCUGCGUGUUUGUAUAUAAACUUCAGAGGUGGUCGGCCCAUCAACCUCAGCAAUAAAAUGAAGGCCCAGUAGGGAGAUAUCAGCCCGCUGGGCUCCCUAAACCAAAAGUCGAGGGUUGAAAGCUCAGCGUCCUCGGGAGCCUUGGCGUGAGUAGGAGGUGAAUUUUUUUUUUCCCCAGUUCGUCCAGUUUAUCUGCGGAGUCAACAGUAUUUGCCUUUAAGACUUCAGGCUGGGCCUUCAGCGCUCAGAGCCUCUGUUUACUAAGCCAGCUUCUGUGUUUAUAAUUUCAUUGUUACUGAACAUUUACAGUGUCGGGUUCGUGGAAAUCCUUUUUUUUUUUUUUUGUUUUGUUUCCAUUUUCAU